AUGUCUCUCUCUAAUCAUCUCGCUCUGAAGCGCUUAAUCCAAGAUGGCUCCAUGGGAACUUCGCUUGAGGCGCUUGUUCCUGACGACCACCCGCUUUCUGUGAAAGGUCUGCCUUUGUGGUCCACAAAGGUUCUUCUCCAAGAGCCUUCCUGGGUCACUAACGUUCACAAGACGUACUUGGAUGUUGGCGCUGAGAUGCUCAUCACUGCUACAUAUCAGGCCUCCUCCCAGACUUUGAGCAAAUUUGCUGGUCUUGACAUAGAAGGCGCUCGCAAGACAUGGCAGACUUCUGUUGACUGCGCUCUUGACGCAAUCUCGGAGUCUGAGUGCCCACAAAAGGUGUACAUUGCUGGAUCGAUUGGUCCAUACGGUGCCUUUUUAGCUAAUGGUUCCGAGUACAGCGGUGAAUACAACGGUCUUCAGGCCGCUGCUAUCGCUGAUUAUCACCGCGAACACUUGAAGUUCUUCGUCCAAGCCAAGGGUGUGGAUUGUAUCGCCUUUGAGACCAUUCCUAACAUGGACGAAGUGAAGGGAAUUUUCGAGUUGAUUCGCGAGGUGUACACCCCUGAAUUCCAAAAAGAGUACUUUGUCGUUUUGAGUUGCAAGGAUGAGAAACACUUGGUUGACGGUACUCCUCUUGAGACUGUCGUUGAGUACAUCCAUUCGCAGUUGGAUGGCCUUGUUGCCUCCAACUUCAUUGGUACUGGCGCCAAUUGUAUUUCUUUUGAAUUAGUGCCAGGAAUCAUCCAGAGCAUUAACAAUACCUCUUCUCGUCUCGGAAAGGAAUUUUUGCCACUCAUUGUCUACCCAAACCUUGGCUUUAAUAAUGAUAUGUCUGACCCUGCUAAUUAUGGAUUCCGUACCGACACCAGUGCAUGGGGCACUGGCGUUGAGAGCUGGCUUUCAGUACCAAAUGUGCGCAUUAUUGGAGGCUGUUGCAGCACCGGUCCAGCUGAGGUAAAGACUAUCGCUGAUCUCGUUAAUCAACUGCCAAACUAA